AUGUCUUUGCACAUCCACCUGUCGUUCUGCCUGUUGCUCGUCUGGUCCUGGAUUAAAUUCUUUUCAUCAGAGAAGAAACUCGGCAUCCCAGCGAACCCGUGCUUGAGCAUUCGUGAUGAGCAUGCGGUGAGACCUCCGAUAGGAGAAGUAACCAAUGUCCUUCUUGAUCGUUCGACAGAUCGUCGACUUGUGACAGCCCAUGUAAGCGACAAUUUUGGCGUAGCUCUGGCUUCUAUCAUUGUCGACUGUCUUCUUGACAGCGGCGACGAACACGUCGGUCCUAACUGCCGAAGAACGAACGUUGUGCGCCUUUCGUCUGGUAGUAAACUCGUCCUUGUUAUCACACGCCUUCCACUCCCUCCAAAUGUCCAUGACCAUGGUUCUCUUGAACCCAAAUCAGGCCAUCACUUCCGCAGGCUUCUUCCCGACGCGAAAAGAAGCUACUACCACUGCUCUGCGCUCAUAUUCCAUCCUGGAAAAUGGUAG